CGCGCAGACAUACAUAGAGGGCGAAUCGACGGGUGGAAAAAAAGUAUUGCAGAGUGCAGUAUCGUGGAACAAUCUUUUUCGACGCUUCUUCAACACAGCAGCCAUGGCGUACCCUCAAACCUCCUUCGUCAACACGCACAUCCACCCGGAAUGCCUCAUCGGGAGACGGAGAGAAGUGGUAAUGGCCCACACCCUUCGAUACCAACUUGAUGUGCUCAAGCAGACGGGUCGCUACGACGCAUUCAAGCUGAAAUGGCAUCCCGUGUAUGAUGAAGAGCCUCUGGUCUGGCCCAUUCCCAACCAUCUCUUCUGGGACUCGGAUGUGGGCAAAUGGAUUGAAGGCGCUUGCUAUUUCUUGCGCCAGCACCCCAUGCCCGACAUUGAUGCCGCCGUUCAGGAGUUGGUGGAGAUGAUUGAGAAAGCUCAGCAGCCCGAUGGCUACCUCAAUAUUCACUACACCGUCGUUGCUCCGGGGAAGCGAUUUACCAAUGUGAAGGACAUGCAUGAAAUGUACAAUGCUGGACACUUGAUCGAGGCAGCCCUGGCUCACGAAGGAGUGUACAAAAACGGCAAGCUUCUCAACGUCAUGCUCAAGUACGUCGAUUUGAUCGACAAAACCUUUGGCCCCGGCGAAGGCCAAUUGCAUGGAUAUCCCGGCCAUCCCGAAAUCGAGCUGUCACUUAUGCGCCUCUACGACCACACUCACGAUCCCAAGCAUCUCGCUCUCGCACGCUAUUUUCUGACGGAACGCGGCAAUCCCACCGGCAUGGAAGGCAUGCAUUACUACGAAUGGGAAGCGAAGAAGCGCGGCGAUGAUCCCGCCUUCAAGCCGGCAUUCUAUCCCGACACUCGAGCGCAUUGGUAUCAUCAAGCUCACGAACCGAUCGUUUCUCAACCAACCAUUGAAGGCCACUCCGUCCGAGCUACGUAUCUCUUUGCUGCCUACACGGAUAUGCUGAGAGUUGCAUCGAAGGAUGACAUCACCCCCAAGCAUGGUGCUGCGAUGUAUCGAUUGUGGCACAAUAUGGUGGACCGUAAGAUGUAUGUUACUGGUGGCAUUGGGGCUGUCCGGCAGUGGGAAGGCUUUGGCGCCGAGUACUUUCUCCCGCAGAGCCUUGACGAUGGUGGAUGCUAUUCCGAAACGUGUGCCGCCAUUGGAGUGAUGAUGUGGGCGUCCCAAAUGCUGAAGCUGCAACAAGAAGCGAAUCAGCUGGAUGGGAAGAUUGCCGACGUGAUGGAGUUGUGUCUUUACAAUUCCGUGCUCACUUCCAUGUCCGCCAACGGGAAGGAGUUUACGUAUCACAAUCAGCUGGCCUCGUCCCAUAAUGACGUCGACAAGCGGUGCGCCUGGUUUACUGUUGCAUGCUGCCCGCCGAAUAUCAUGAGGCUGCUCGGCCAGAUUGGAGGCUACGUCUGGGGUUCCGAAAACCACAACACUAGCUCCCCAAGCAUUGCUGUCCACUUAUUUGUUUCCAGCACACACGAGACUUUAAUCGGCAACGAGAAGACCACCAUUUCACAAACGACUCAAUGGCCAUGGGAGGACACGGUUCAAUUUUCCAUCGAGGGCUCGAAGAACUUUGACUUGAAGAUUCGCAUUCCCGGCUGGGCGACGCAGCACGUGUUACAGCCGGAGUGCCGGGAGGCGGUCUUGCAGAGCGGGUAUUUGACAAUCCCCGCCGCAUGGCUCGCAUCGAACCCCAAGUUCUCCCUCAAGAUUCCCAUGAAGCCGCGAUGGGUGGCUCCUCCCCUUCAAACCGGCCAGGAUGUCGUUGCACUGGCCAGAGGCUCGGUGAUUUACUGCGUGGAAGACUUUGAUAACGAAUGGGUGGAGGAUCAUUUCAAGACAACAUUUAUCGACACCAUAGCACCGGUGGAGGUGCAUAAUACCACGAAAUCAUCCACUGGAGAGACCUGGCCUGCUCUGGUAUUGAAGGACGGGUGUCGGGUUCUUUCGAAGCAGCUGGAGGAUGGGUCGCCCUUUACAAACUACUCGACCGUUCGAGAUCAGCUCCGGGGCGCAAAGGCGAUUCCCGCGCUGAAAUUCGUCCCCUACAGUCUACGAUCGAAUCGGGGAGGAAAGGGACAUAUGCGGGUGUGUUUGCGAAAGCAGCCGCGAGAAGCUGCACACACACAACUCCAGAAUGGUCAUGCGUCUUAGGCAAAGUUAUGUAGAUUGAAUAGAGUAGAUGUAUUGUAGCAAACAUGAGAACGAGGCGA